ACAAACAUGAGCGGGAAACACGGAAGUGAACUCGUGAUAUGUAUAUAAUAUAUUUAAACGCAUAAUACGUGUUUGGUUUUAUUUUAUAAAUUCUAAUUUUAUAGAAUGCGUGAGGCGGUAUGUUGUUUUAAGGCAUGACGUCAAUCAAGAAACGCGCGCUUCCAGAUGUUGCAGGGGCUUGUCUGGACAUGGUGGGCCAGUCUAGAUAUGUGAUUCCACCACAGUGAUGGGGGCGUUGGAUAUAUCGCUCCUUCCUUUUUAUCACUAUAUGUUGUCUGUAGGAGGGGCUGAAGGAAAGAAAAGAGGGAAUAGAUGGAGAGAGAGGACAAUAAACCGGUUGAGGAAGAAGGGUGGGCCGCCACGGUUGAUGGAAGGAGAGAGGAAGAAGGAUAUAUAGAAAGUUAUGAUUGUUCUUCAGAUAAAAGAAGGGCGAUGACAGGGACAGACGUGGGUAUGGUCCAUUCAAGCCCUACAAAGGCUUCACCUGCUUCCUGCAGAAAACAAAUCUUGGACACAAGACCAACUCUGAAGAUGGAUUUUGGACACAUGGACGAAAUUACACCGUCAGGACUGACCAGACCAUUGAUCCAGGUGCAUGACGUUGAACCUCUUUCUAUUUCCUCGGGCCAUACAGACACCUGGGCUCUAUCUCUCUCCGACACUACAUCCUCUUCUCCCUCCCCUGUCAUUCCCCCUCUCUCGAUCCUGUCCUCUUUGUCCUCUUCCUCCUCAUUUCCCUCUCUCUCUCCUCCUCUGCCUCCGUCGGUGGAGCUUGAUGGCGUGCUGGCAGAGGGCCGGCUGGUUUUGGACGUGUAUCGGGGUGGAGGAGAGGUCCUGCCGGUGCUCUGGGAGUGUGCACAGGAGUGCAUGAGAGGCCUGCAGUACCUAAGACUGGGAUCAGAGGACGAGGGGGCGCUAGAGAGAGCGUUGAGUGUGCUGCCCAGACUUACAGAGCUGCGCUCACUGGCUAUCAGAGGACACCGUUUCCAUGACAUUCACGGCGAACCUCUGCCCGGUCUUCUCACCUCUCUCCCUCCAUCCAUCUCAUCUUUCUCUUUCCUCGUUCACCUGGAUCUUUCCUUCAAUCAUCUCUCCUCUCUUCCUCCCUGUCUUCUCUCUCUCUCUCAUCUCUCUGAGCUCCUGCUGUGUCACAACCAUCUGACGGCUCUUCCGGAGGACCUCGCGCUGGCGUCCCUGCGACUGGUGAGCCUGAUGGGGAACAGGCUGGCGGAUCUGCCCCAGGGAGUGGGGCUCCUUUGCAGGCUGGAGAAGCUGGACGUGUCCUUUAACUGGCUGGAGAGUCUUCCAGAAGAAUUGGGUCAACUGCAGGACCUACAAACACUGGAGCUGUCCAAUAACAGGCUCAAAGUGCUACCAGAUACUCUGGGAUCUCUUCGCUCUCUGAGGCAGCUAGUUCUUCAGAGUAAUGAGCUGAGGAGUAUUCCAGAAUGUUUGCGCUCCCUCCCGCAGCUCGGCAAACUGGAUUUGAGGAACAACCCGCUGGGACGACCCCUUACCCCCCCACCGCUUACCCCCGUGACCCCAGUUCUGGAAGAUUCCGGGAUCCCAGAACUUCACCUUGGACUUCAACACAGUUUUUCAGUAUCUCCUGCUGGUUGUCACGUGUUUCUUUCUGGAGGGGCGGAGCUCUUGUUUCCACGGAGAUGCGUAAGCGUAGUCACACAACUCAAGUGGGCGGAGAGGAGACCAGACAAGAAGGGGGUGUGGCUAGAGGAGCAUGACGUCCUGUUGAGUCGCCAGUUAGAGCUUCUUCCACACGGAUCCACAUUUGAAAAGCCAGUAGAGGUGUGUGUUCCAUAUCGUAAAACACGGAAAGGCGAUGUUGUAGUUCGCAGGUUUGAUGGUCAGUCGUGGACGACACUUCCCACCCUGACCAGAAGGGGGAGUGAGAGGCACAGCUGCAGGCCAGGGGGCCGCCCAGCACGGCUGGCCUGUUGCAGCGUAUCACAGUUUUCUUGGUUUGUGGCCGUCUCUCGUCCUUUCCUGGACAGUUGCUCUGUGUCUCCAGAGGGGGCACUGCUGAUAUCUCAAUUUGACCCAGGAAUCAAACUCACAUUUCCUCCAGAGUGCACAACAGAGACACGUAUUGUCACACUGCAGGUCCUGCAGGUGGCGCUAUCUGAGGUGCAGGACUUGACCGGAGACCCUCAGGCCAGUGCCAGCCCACUGCUAUGCCUCUCUCAAACUCCCAGUAUGCACUUCCUUCAGCCAAUCAGAGUGCAGAUCCCUUUGCCACCUGGAGUCACUGGACACAUGGUGGACAUUUCCCGCCUGCACCUGAUGCACGGCGACCCCACGGCACAUACCUGGACUGACGUCACCUCUCAGGUGUCUCUUUUCGUCACACACAUCUAUGCUGUAUUCUCUAUCACACACUUCUCAUGGUACUGGUUGUGGUACACCACUCACAGAUGUGUUAGUGGGGUUGUCAGGAAGAUGUAUCACCGGUUGAAACAGUUCCGGGUUCGAUUCCUGGUGCUUCAGAGAAAAACAGACCCAGCACAGGUUCUACUACAGUGCCUGCCGUCUGACAAGGCUGAAAGCAGGCUGGUGUCUCUCUCUGAACAAUAUGAAGGUCCUCAGCCAUCAGAGUUGUGUAUCCUGCUGGAGGGAGAGCAGUUUUUUGCUGGAUUUGAGAGAGGAAUUGACAUCAGUGCAGAUCGACCUGACUGUAAAGAAGGCAGACUCUCGUUUACCUUUUACUCUCACUUGAAGAACAUUAAAGAAGUCCAUGUGUGCCCGACUCACCCACAGCAGGGCACCGUGAGAGGACAGGUGUCAUUUUACAGGGGUGAAGUGCCCAGUGAUCUUCCUGAGGAAGUGGCUCAUAAAAGAAAAGGUCAUGACAACCAGUGGAUGGCUACGUUACCCCUCAGACUUCUUAGUGCAGAUUGUGAAGGGAGCAUCUACGGCGAGCUGAAUCUGGGCGACCCGGAAAGCGGAUAUCUAACACAAACCAACCUGCUGUCCAUCUCCUUACGCAUCAACCAGGAGUGGCAGAAUAUCGGGAUCAGCCUGGGCAUCAACUAUGACCAGCUGGAACGAAUCCGAAACCAGCACAGGGACAACUUUGGGGCCCAGGUAUUGGCGAUGCUCUUUCAUUGGGCGAGGGGGCAGCAGGGGGCGGGGCCUGGGGCGGUACAGCGACUUAUGAAAGCGUUGGUGGACAAUGGUAGGCGGGACUUAGCAGAGGAAGUGGAAGACAUUGUGACUUUGGGAAAGAGGAAGUAUGAAGAAUCACUCAAGAGAGUCGGACUGGAGACACCAACUACCUCAACAGACACUCCGUCCAGCUGACACACAAACACUCUGUAUAAAAGUGACAAAUGAGUGUCAUCGUUUAAUCACCCUCAUAUUGUUCCAAACACAUGUUUUUUUGUGUCCCACAGAAGGUGGUCAUAUGUGUUUGGAAUGAGAUGAAUAAAUGAUGACAGAAUUUUCAUUUUUGUAUGUGCUGUCCCUUUAAGAGAGUGAGGAUGAUUCUUCUGGUUAUGGACAUGACAAACUCCCACCAGCAGAAAACAUGGACAUCAAGUGCCUCAUCUCGCAGGACAGAGUCAUUGUGUGUCAGAGCAGCUGUCUGUCUUCAUUAGAUGUCUGUCUCUCUCUGUCUAUCUCUCUCGUGCCUAACAAGGACCCACGGAUUCCCACAGAUGUGUUUCAUUCAUAACGACAAUUUGACAAAUGAGCCAUGAAUGUUUGUUAAAUGUUUUUAUGUGUUUAAACCAAGAAACAUUCAAAAUGAUUUGAUCAUUUGCCCUUUUUUUACUGCAUGUGGGUGAAUCUCACGAAGCACGUCAAGAAAUAGUCAUAUUUCAUGUCAAAAUGAAAAGAAACUAAUAUUAUGCAAAAAGAAAGUGAAGCCCUCAUGUAGGACAAAUACAAAUUUUGCACAUUGACAUUAUUUAUAUUAUAUUAUUUAUCAUGAAAAUUCAGUAUA